UGUGAUCCUUGUGGUUCAAAACACGCCGGGAAGAUCGAAGGAAUCGGUUGUUGUUUAAUGACAGACAGUAUUUUGCUGUUUUUAAAUCAUUUGAAGACUCAAAGGAAAAAUGCGGCGUGCUCGAUCAAGGGGUAUGCGUGGAGGCCCUGGUCGAAUGCCACCCUUCAUGCGUGGUCCUCCGGGUCAAAAAUUUGUGGUCAGCCAUUCCACUUUUGAUCCUGUUAUGGCUGAGACCUUUUUUCCAAGAGCUUCUCCAGCUCCAGAGGAUACAGCCUUUACACAGGCCCUUCUGAAAAGAAAUCAAGAGUUAACUCCUAGUGGACAAGAACAGGCUUCUAUUCAAAAUCUUGUGACAAGGAUUACAACAGUGUUAGAUAAUUUGAUUGUUGCACCUGAUGCAGCCGAGCUGGGUUUAGAGGAGGUGCGUUCAGUAGGUUCACACAAAAAGGGAACAAUGUUGCUUGGUCAUCCUGUGGCUGACUUAGCCGUUAUUCUCAAAAAGUUGCCAGCAGAAAGUGAUAUUCUUGCUUUAGCUACAAGAGUACAAAAAUCCCUGAAAGAGGAUGGUUCAUCGGCAGAGUAUCCAAUCCAGUCCAAUGAAGGAGGAUUCAACAUCAGUAUUCCAGAGGGUGCUCUUGUCCGUGUGUUGAUAACAACUCUCCCCAAGAAUCUGCAGGAUGCUGACCCAACAAAGCAUGUGGAUGUAAAACUUCUUGAGGGGGCUUUAGCAACAAUAAGACAUGCUCGCUGGUUUGAAGAAAAUGCUUUCCACACAAGUACUCGUCUCUUGGUGAGACUUUUCAAGGAUCUCAGAAAACGAUUUACAGGACUGCAAGGUCUCACACCAUGGCUUAUAGACUUGCUUGCCCAUCGUGCAGCUAUGAUGAAUUCAUCACGACAACCUCUUCCAGUCAACGUUGCUUUCAGGCGAGCUUUCCAGCUGCUCUCAGCAGGAUUGUUUUUGCCUGGUUCAUUGGGAAUAAUUGAUCCUUGUGAGUCGGGAAAUGUACGAGCACACAGCGUUCUUAGUUUAGAGGAACAGGACGCUAUAACAACUUGUGCACAAACCCUUUUGCGAUGCUUAAACCAUGGGGCUUACAACGAAAUAUUAGGAUUGAGUCAAGAAGGAAUUCCUCAAGUUGCUCUGGAGACUGAGGUGUCCAGCUGGGGAGGAGUGAUCGUCACACCAGGACCGAAGGCGUACGAAAAACAACAAGACCAAGAGGAAGAAGAAGGAGAGAAUGAGGGAGAGGAGGACGACGAGGAUUCAUCCGAGUUGUCAGGUCAGGAACAGGCCGAGGAAAAGAUGGAAACAAACCAAGAGAGCUGAACAUGAAGUACUGACUCUCCUUUUCACGGGCUCAUCGGACCACUUGGUGUUUCGCAGAUUUAGAGUUCUUUUGUAAAUUAUUGUGUUUAUUUUAGGAUGUAUAACAACAACAACAACACGAGUUUAGCAUUAAAAUUGUAUACUUCGUUCUUUA